CGUAACGGUAUUUUACUUCACUCCGAAAAAAUUGUAGUAGUAGAUUUCUAAAUAUAAAACGAGAGAGCGGAAUGAAUUCCCUUGACGAAAUUUGUCGGAGAGAACGAAAAUCGCUCCAAAAUAGAAGAAAAACAAAUUCAUUGAUGCUGCGCACGAGAAACAUGCCUCCAUAUAACGACAAAAGUAUCAGAUGUUCGUUGCUAUGCGCAUUUUAUUCUCAAAUUUGUUCAUUUUUCGUGUACAGAAGGGAUGAAUGAAGUGAAUGGAGGCACUGAAUGCGCAACACAGAUUUUCGCAAGACAUUCGUGAGCCGGCUGUUAGAACGUUAACACGCGAGAACACGGUGCCCAAGGAAAUUUCUUGUGAAUUUUUGCGUAUUUUUCAUACACACACACACACACACACGGAGCGCUUUUGUGUGUGUCGUAACGGGUCGUCGACGUCGUGUGUACGUGAGACGAGGUCCUGGUGUUAUUAUUUUUAUUAAAAGUGUAUUUUCCGUCGUGUAAUAAGUGGAAUAAUAAUAAAAUAUAUCAUAAGCCAGAGAAAUUUCUCUCUAGCUAGACGAGUCUGAAAUAACAACAACAACAAAAAAAGUAACGAGAAGUUAAGUAAAGGAACAAGUGAAAAAGGAUAACAGUCCCUUGAGAGGAUUUUCUGUGUAUGUGUAUUUUAUAUAUAUGAAAAAUACAACAACAACAACCGAACGUAUUAAUAAAAAUAAUAAAAGGAGCCCAUGCUGGUGCUGCCGCUCGGCGUAUUAAAAGUUUUUAAUGGUAAAUAAUGCGAUUGUGAACAAAUUCGCCGAAAUCUCCUGACAUAAAAAUUCAAUAAAAUUCAGUGAAAAUUUUUUUUUAAUAAAAAAAAAACAAUUUGUUGUUAAAAAAAAUCAACAAGGAUUUAUUUUUAACAGAAAAAAGAUUCUCUGUGCAGCACUGAUAAUAGACUCAACUCGACAUAAAUACUCAAACGGACUGCAAAAUUCACGCAGGCAGCAGAAAAAAUAUUUUUCAGUGAUACUUCAAUGAAAAAAUAAAAUUACCUUGUGUACUUGGCAGAUUUCUCAUUGAAGAAGAAAAAAAAAUAAAUAUUUUGCUUUGUAGAAUUUUGUCAUCGUCAGAAAAAAAAUUUCAUAAUAGAAAAAGUAGUAGGCAAAAAAAAAGGGAAAAAGAGAAAAAGCAAAAUAAAAAAGUAUAUUACCAGUCAAUAAGAGAGAUAAAUAAAGUCAGAGAGUGUGUAUAGUGAAUUAUAUUUUGCACGUAUUUCGAACGUCGUGUGUGAGUUACUCUUCUCCGCUUCUGUCGGAGUUAAAGGCACAAAAAGUUUCAAAAUAAAUCGUGAAAAAAAUAUCGGCACACAAAAUGCCAAAAUAUCUGCCAAUGACAUCAGUGUUAUUAGUUUUAAGUUUCUUUCUCUUGAGUUUUUGUGCGGAGGAUGUGCGAGCGAUCGGAUGUCCCGAGAAAUGCUCGUGCCAGCAGCGGACUGUGCGUUGCUUGCGUCAACAAAUGGAUAAAAUACCUGUCGUUCCACAGGACACGAAUAUCAUUGACUUACGAUACAACCGCAUCCGAGAAAUCCCGAGCAACGCAUUUGCUGGUCUCAAGCAUUUGCACACAAUUUUCCUGAACGAGAAUCAAGUAGUGACGAUACACGAAGGCGCCUUCGCCGAUUUGCCCUCGCUGAAGUAUCUCUACUUGAACAAAAAUCACAUCUCACAAAUUGCUGACAAUGCCUUCCGACAACUGGACCGGCUACAAAGCUUGUACUUGCAGUACAACAAUAUUUCAUCAUUUGAGGCAACGACGUUCUCCAAUUUACCACAGUUGGAAAGAUUAUUCCUCUACUCGAACAAAAUCACGCACAUUCCAUCGCACGCAUUCCAGAACAUGCCGGCUCUCAAACGACUUCGUUUGGAUGACAAUGUCUUGGAUUGCAGUUGUUCGAUCUUGUCAUUCCUCAAGCAAGUUCAGGCGACAAAACAACAAAUGGAUGUCUCGGUUACCUGUGAAAGUCCCUCUGACAUGAAAGGAAAGAAAUUCCCCGAUUUAAAGGAAUCUGAUUUCCAUUGCAAAAAACCGGAAAUACUCGAGUCCCCUACAGAUGUUGAAGUAACUUUUGGCGGAACAGCUGUCUUUACUUGUCGCGUUUUGGGCGAUCCUGCUCCUGAAAUUUCGUGGAUGCUUAAUUCCAACGAAAUUCAUAUCGACUAUUCUCGUAUCAACAUCUUGCCAGAUGGAUCGUUGCGAAUUGAUAAAACUACAGAUACGGAUGUCGGUCAAUAUGAAUGCAUGGCAAAGAAUGACAUGGGAAGCGUCAAGUCGAAACCAGCGAAGAUGAUUGUGCAUGAACAGAGUGAGGAACAACCUGAGCCACAAAGACCGCAAAUUGUUCAGGCGCCACGAGAUACUGUUGUGACGCCAUUUGAGGCAAUUGUGUUGCAUUGCGUAACUGAUGGCAUUCCAAUUCCAACUAUUCUAUGGUCCUUGAAUGGCAACCCGCUCACACAAAAUACCGACAGAUCUCAUAUCUAUGCUAACGGAAGUUUGGUAAUCACAAAUCCCUUGCAAGAAGAUGCCGGUGUCUACAAAUGUGAAGCAAGCAACUAUUUGGGAAGCAUUUCCGCAAUCGCCAAUGUGAAAGUUAAUGAUGAUGUGAACACCACAGUCGAUAAAGUUGUUCCCACAAUUACCGUUGCUCCCGAAAAUCAAACAUUGAAUUCAGGAACGCACGUGACGCUCGAAUGCCAGGCCGAGGGACAUCCAAAACCGACAGUUUCUUGGUUGCGAGAUGGGCAUGUCCUUGGAUUGACAAACAGAAUUUCCAUGUCGGAUGAUAACACGGCGAUUAAUAUUGAGCAUGUUAAGGAAUCGGAUGCAGGUCAAUACACUUGCAUCGCCGAGAACUCCGUUGGUCGUACGUCAAUUACUGCCGUUCUGAGUGUCGUGAAUGCUUUUGGUCCGCCACGCCUAAUCUUCGAGCCAGAUGAUGUCGAAGCCUACACCGGAACCACUAUCGAGUUACCGUGCAAAGGCGAAGGCGAACCCGCACCACAGACAAAAUGGAAGAAAGAUGGCCGAACUCUCAUCCAAUCGACAAAGUAUAAAUUUUCCGCUGCCGGAUCUCUUUACAUCCAAAACAUCACGGAAGAGGACACGGGACGCUAUGAGUGCUCCAUCGUUAACGAAAAUGGACGAGCAACGGCAUCUGGACUGCUUACUGUGCGCAAAAACUUGGAAUUAGCACCUGGGGACCGUUACGUGCGCAUCGCAAUUGUCGAGGCAACACGUGAAAUCGAUGCCGCCAUCAAUAAAACGGUUGCUGAUCUCUUCACUUCCCCAUCGGGCGAAACAAAAGUCAGCAAGCAUCACGGCGAUCUCUUCCGCAUCGUUCGUUUCCCAAGUGGUCCUGCACGCGAACUUGCCCGUGCCUCGGAGGUAUAUGAACGUGCUUUGGUCAACAUUCGCAAACAUGUCGACGAGGGAAAACAUCUCGCGACAAAUACCUCGAAAUUCGACUACAAAGAUCUCUUGAGCGAGGAAUAUUUGGACUUGUUGGCACAAUUGAGUGGAUGUGCAGCACAUCGUGUGACUCCGAAUUGCACCAAUAUGUGUUACCACAAGAAAUAUCGCAGCAUCGAUGGCACUUGUAACAACUUUAAGAACCCAUUGUGGGGUAGUUCGUUAACUGGCUUCCGUCGUUUGUUGCCGCCGCAAUACGAAAAUGACUUGUCAACACCCAUUGGAUGGACUCCGGGCAAAUUGUACAAUGGCUUCGCGAAACCAAGUGCUCGAUUAGUCUCUCAAUCCUUAAUUUCGACGGAAAAAAUCACUCCGGAUGAACAAAUCACCCACAUGGUAAUGCAAUGGGGACAAUUUUUGGAUCACGAUUUGGAUCAUGCCCUACCUCCGGUUAUCUCUGAGACCUGGGAUGGCGUCGAUUGCAAGAAAACUUGCGAAUUUGCGGCGCCUUGUUAUCCAAUUUUAGUUCCUGCCAACGAUACACGCGUCACAAAUCGUCGCUGCAUUGAUUUUGUGCGUUCCAGCGCUGUUUGCGGCAGUGGCAUGACGUCAAUUUUCUUCGGAACAGUUCAACCGCGUGAGCAAAUCAAUCAGUUAACCGCUUGGAUCGACGGCUCCCAAAUUUACGGAUAUUCCGAACAAUUCGCGAGAGAAUUGCGCAACACGAGUUUCGAAGUUGGUACAUUACGUGAAGGAAUUCACUUCCCCGGGCAAAAAUCUUUGUUGCCAUUCGCUGCGCCUCAAGACGGGAUCGAUUGUCGUCGCGAUGCCCAAGAAAGCGAAGUAAACUGCUUCACAGCUGGCGAUAUUCGGGUGAAUGAACAAACGGGUCUCUUGGCGAUGCAUACAAUAUGGCUGCGGGAACAUAAUCGCCUCGCCACAGAACUGAAGGAGCACAAUCCGCACUGGGAUGGCGACACUUUGUAUCAAGAAGCGAGAAAAAUCGUCGGCGCUGUGCUACAACGUGUUACCUACAAGGAAUGGCUUCCAUUGAUCGUCGGCGAAGAAGGUAUGGAAAUGCUUGGAGUCUAUCAAGGAUACAAUCCUGACGUAAAUCCAUCGAUUUCUAAUGAAUUCGCUACUGCGGCACUCCGUUUCGGUCAUUCCCUGAUAAAUCCCAUCUUGCAUCGACUUGAUUCGGAAUUCAAACCCAUCCCUCAAGGACAUUUACCUUUGCACAAAGCAUUUUUCGCGCCAUGGCGCUUGGUUUACGAAGGCGGCGUUGAUCCAUUGAUGCGCGGAUUGUUCACAGUUCCCGCCAAACUCAAGAAACCCGAGCAAAAUCUCAAUACGGAUUUGACAGACCGCUUAUUUGAAACCGCUCAUGCCGUUGCGCUCGACUUAGCCGCCAUCAAUAUUCAGCGCGGGCGAGAUCAUGCCAUUCCCAGCUAUAACGAAUACCGCAAAAUUUGUAAUAUGUCAGUUGCUGCUACUUUCGAUGAUUUAAAACAAGAAAUCAGUAACGAUAAUGUUCGUGCGAAACUCAAAGAGCUCUAUGGACAUCCCAGCAAUAUUGACAUCUGGGUCGGCGGAAUUUUAGAAGAUCAAUUGCCAGGAGCGAAAGUUGGUCCCUUGUUCCGAUGCAUCUUGGUUGAGCAAUUCCGUGCAUUAAGAGAUGCCGAUCGCUUGUGGUAUGAAAAUGAAAAGACAUUUACCGAAGAGCAACGUGAAGAAUUGGAAAAGGCGUCACUUUCCCGCGUUUUAUGCGAUAAUGGCGACAACAUCACUCAAGUCACUCAAAAUGUCUUCAUUUUACCGAAACUCCAAAAUGGCUACAUUUCUUGCGAUAAAUUGCCUCAAAUGGACUUGCGUUACUGGCAGGACUGCGAAAAAUGCUCCAAAGGCAAGUCAGAUGCUUUGCGACGUCAAAGACGUGAAGAAAGACAACGCUUGAGACGUGACACGAAACUCGCCACGAAACAACAAACGGGCAACGAAACCGCUAAACAUGGCGACUCGGAUGGCGAUUACGUCAACGAAGACAUGAACGAGGAACGAAUCGAAGGCUUGGAGCAACUAAUUGAGAAUUUCCAAAAAUCCCUGCGACAAAUGCGCAAAAAAUUGAAGAAACUCGAAAGACAAUGUCUCAAUUUCACGGGAAAAGAAGGCUUUAAAGAAGCCAUUAGCGGCUCUACAGGCGAAGCUAAAGACGUUGCCGCUGCCAAAAGUGAGGAGAAAAAAUCCCGCAAAGAACGGAAACAGGAACGCAAGGAAAAACGGCAACACUGUGUCGACCAAAAGGGCAUUCGGCGUGUCAACAAGGAGAUUUGGUAUCGCGAUGACUGCACAAAAUGCGAGUGUCAACGCAAGCAAAUCAAUUGCACGAUCGAAAAAUGUCUCCCGGACCUCAAAUGCGACAAAGGAAUGGUGACGCACAAAAAACAGGGAGAAUGUUGUCCGCAAUGCGUGCCCGAGGGACAAGUGCCAUCACAAAGUACAUUAUUGACGUCACAACCAACGGGCAACACACCAACAACCGUGAAAGCUUAAAAAGUUGUGAUUUUUUGAAUGAAAAAAAAAUGUAGACGAGUUUUUUCGUCGUUUUCACUUCGUCUUGAAUAAAAUCGAAAAUUGAUUGAAAAAUAUUGAAAAAAAAAUAAUUUACGUAAAUUUAUAAGGUUUCUUUAUAAUAAACAAAAAUAUACACAGAAAUAAUAAAAAAGCCAACGAGAUAAAAAAAAAAUAAAAUAAUUAAAGUUUAAAUCAAAAAAAAAUUAAAGUAGAAUCACACAAAAA